UAUAUCCAAAUUGCAAUAUUUUAAGGAGUCUAUUGGAUGAGGAUAAGCCCUCCAUGUCUUCUCUCUCCUCCCUGUCUGAAACCACUUUCUCUCUCUAACUCCGUAAAUCGGAUAUACCUCCAACGCGUCCAUGCUCGUGUAGUUUCUUGCUCUCGUUCUACCGCUUCAGUUGACCGGACGAUAUGCCGAUCGCUCUGGAAAGUAAUCAGAUCGAUAGUCCAGGAUUGCGCCGCGGAAUGUUCUGCGGAUCGGCGUAUAAUUCUCAGGAGACCGCACGAUCUGUUGCCGUGGAUCUUCGGUUAACGGCGUUUAAUUCAACGUCGGCGGCGAAGAAUUUAGCGGAUGAGAGUGAGGAUCAGGUGGACACGAGUAGCUCGUCGUCGAUCGGGAGGAACAGCGACUCGUCGGACGGCGAUGGGGAUUCCGGCGAGGUCGAGGUUCAGAGCCCGUGCAAAGGGCCGUUGGACUGCUUGGACGCUUUGGAGGAAGUUUUGCCUGUCAAGAGAGGCAUGUCCAAAUUUUACUGUGGCAAAUCGAAGUCCUUUACGAGUCUAGGAGAUGCCACCUCUUGUUCCACCAUUAAAGAAAUCGUGAAGCCUGAAAAUGCUUAUACCAGGAAACGCAAGAAUUUACUUGCUCAUCGCACUUUCUGGGACAAGAAUUGCAAUUUUCCACCGAGAAGUAACAGUGGCGGUAUAUCAAAGAGACCAUUCAACUCCAUUAGAAGUACUCUGGCUUUGGGAAUGAAUAUGAGCAGCAGCUAUGAGAACAUUAACAACAUUAGCAAUAACAAUAGCGACAGCUCCAGCUCCAACUCCAACUCAAACUCAUCGUCACCCAAACGAUGCCGUCCUCCUCUGUACCCAGAUAGUAAAAGACCACCCGUCAAUGAAUCAUCAUCACCAGCACCAUCGCCGCCUGGACAGAAUUUACCUUCGUGGAGGUCUUUCUCUCUCUCUGAUCUGCAGUGUGCUGCUGCUGCAACGCCCGGUAUCACUGGCUUAGUGAUUAACGAUGAUCGAAAUAAUAAGGACAAGCUGCAGUGAAAUAGUAAUGCUAGUGUUGUACUGUGGACCUAUGAAUGUAGAAUAGAGAAGAUGCUUGUGGUAUUGAGGUGCUUUGAGUGCAUUCUUGUUUUUAUUUUGAUCUUCUGGUUCUCCCUGUUGUAUUAUUGGGUUGGUACUUGUUCAAGCAUACACAAUGCCACAGCAUUUUCGGAAUAUAUCAACAGCAAUGCAGUUUUAACCC